CGAAACCGAGGCUUAUUUACUAGCCCGAAAGCAGUUUUUCCCGGGAAUCUGGCUCAGUGUGCUAGGUUCUGGCCCCACCACUCGAAAUGGCCGCAAACCAGCUUCAGUCACUAUUUAAGGACUUCAGAGGAUCCGAAGAGGAAGUAAAAGUCAAACGUGUUUUGAAAAUUAUUACCACUGAAACUGUUUCUCCCAUGCCUGCAUUCGUCAACUUAGUUAUACAAAAUAGUAAUGCUUCAGAUGGAACAUCUUUCAGCGAUGCAUAUGUCUCUCUUCGACUAAGCUAUGAAAGCCUAGAGGCAUUUGAGACAGAUUACAGAAGUGGAUAUCCAAAGAGUGGACUGGUAUACAUGAAAGACAUUUUAAACAUAUCUAUUCUUGAAGAAUUUCUGGCACAUGGAGUUGACGCUAUCGAAAAAUGUUCUCGGCCUGACGUUUGUUGGCAAGCAUUCUUGACGUUAUUGGAGUUUCUGCGUGAGAAAAGAAAACAUGAAGAGUCAAUUAAGAAACUUGUAACCACAGCCACUCAUUCAACAAAUGGAAAUAAAGAGACACAAAUAAUGGCUGGAUUGGCACAUCACCUAUUUUCCCAAUUGGUACCAGGCAAGAAGUAUGAGGUUGAUAAAUAUGCAAAGCAACUUCCAAAAGAGUGCGUCUGUGGCUGUAAGGCCAAGAUAUGUGAAGGAGACACUUCAGUAGGAUCACAAAGAACAUGGCAUGGCAGAGUAGAUGUCAUCUUGAACCAUACGAUUGCUGUGGCAUUUGGGAAGGGACAAACUGAUGAUGCUGAAGAGGAUGAAGAUGAUGAUACAGAUGAAAGUGAACCACAUAGAAAACAGAGAAAGGUAGAAACCCAAUUGAAAAACGGUGAUAUUUGUGAAGAAGUGAAAGUCACCAAGAAACAUGAAGGUGAACUCCUGGAUCUAAAGGUCUUGCAGCAAAUCUUUGCUGAAGCUAUAACAAAUGGAUUUGCUCAAGUUAACCGAAAUAGGAAUACACUAUCACAUUUCCUGAUUCCAACUUUUGGAACCACAUCUGAUCAUGUUUCUAUCUGUCUGUAUGAUCCUGAAAGUGACUGCUUACUACACAUUAGGGAACAGCUCAUGUUAUGGUGUUCAGAUGAGAUGCCAGACCGACUAAAUCUUUCUACCAUAAUUGUUAUUUGGCUUUUCUUGAACUUCACUAUCUUUACCCAGAAAAAACUGGCUGCUGUAGUAGAUCUUGACAAGUCAGGAUUACAUGAGAAUUUAAAGCAGCACCUGGACUAUUACAGAAAGGCAGAAACAAAGACAAAUUUUGUUUCUACAACACCUGUUGGACCGCCAUGGAAACAUGUGUACCUACAACCCAAAAGUUGAAAGAACCAAGCAUGAUCCCAGAGUACUAAAUACAAUGAAAUGGUGACUAUAUUGUUUAAUAUAUAAAACUAUAUAGAGAUACCCAUCUUUGUCUCGCCUGCGACUUAAGUUUUCAUUUCAUGUUUUACAAUGCAUUAAUGUUGAUACAUAACAUAUCUGUGGUGUUUACAGAUGGUGGGCUGUUCAAAUCGCCCUCAGUUCAAGGUCUGUCGCCUAUCUGUCCGUCCCUCCAUAAAUAAUCCUUGUUAUCGCUAUUUCUUGACAGCAAGGAUCUUUCUCAACUUUUAUAAGUAGCUUCCCCUUUGUUGCUAGUUGUGCACGAUGAAUUUUGAGACUGAUUGGAAAACAAAAUGACUGACAAGCGGCCAUUUUGA